GACUGUGAUGCCCACACUGGGAAGCAGGAACCUAGUUUCCUAAACUCCCCAAAUGGAGACAGCAGUGCAUCUCAAGAAACAGACUCUUGCACAGCCGUGACCUCUGAGGUGUCAGAGACUAUGGUGUGCCAGUCUUCCUCUGUAGACCAGUCGCUCAUUGAGCAGGACAUCAGCCAACUUCAAGAGAACAUUCGGGCAGAGAUACCUUCUGGGGAUGAGCAGGAACACAAUGGACCACUGGACAACAAAGGAAAAUUCACUGCUGGAAAUUUUCUUAUUAAUCCCCUUGAGCCAAAAAAUGCAGAAAAACUCAAAGUGAAGAUCGCAGAUCUUGGGAAUGCCUGCUGGGUGCACAAGCAUUUCACAGAAGAUAUCCAGACAAGGCAGUAUCGGUCUUUGGAAGUUCUGAUCGGAUCUGGCUACAACACGCCUGCUGAUAUCUGGAGCACUGCCUGCAUGGCCUUUGAACUAGCCACAGGUGAUUAUUUGUUUGAGCCUCAUUCAGGGGAAGAUUACACACGAGAUGAAGAUCACAUCGCCCUGAUCAUAGAACUUCUGGGGAAAGUGCCUCGCAAGCUCAUUGUGGCGGGAAAAUAUUCCAAGGAAUUUUUCACCAAAAAAGGUGACCUGAAACAUAUCACCAAGCUGAAACCUUGGGGCCUUCUGGAGGUUUUGGUGGAAAAGUAUGAGUGGCCCCAGGAAGAGGCCGCCGGCUUCACAGAUUUCCUGCUACCCAUGUUGGAGCUUAUUCCUGAGAAGAGAGCCACUGCCGCUGAGUGUCUCCGGCACCCUUGGCUGAAUUCCUAAGCCCCUCGUGCACUGCAGCAGAGCUCCUCAUGCUGACCCUCCGGCCCUCCCCUCUGAGAUGCUCCCUCUUCCCUUUUCAGGGUGAAGCUCUUUCUUCAAGGGUUUCUUAAAACAAAA